AACCAAACAUUUUGCAGGGGGCGGGGCUUCAUGAUAGGAUGUGUUUCCGGAACCACACACACACACACACGUGUGAGGAAAAGCUGGCGUGCAUCGCUGUCCGUACUCUUCUGAAUAUCAGCAGACGGAGUACCUGCUCCAAGCUCGGUUCCGGUAAGAAGUCCCUGCAAGUGUUGUGGUCCACAACUGUCCUCUGCUAUCUCAGCUCCCACACACACACACACACACUGAGCUCCGAUGGCUGAAUCACAGCCUGUCCCCGUCCAGGUCGGAGAAAAGAGAGGCUGCCCCGAGGAUGAAGAGGAAGACGCGCCCACAAAGAAACCCAGAGUCGAGAAGGAUCACAAGAAUGGAGGCCCUCCCCGCCAAGAUGGGGAGGAAGAGCCCGAGGGAGAGGAAGGUGACGGAGAAGAGGAUGGUGAGACCUUUGCUGAUAUGAUGAAGCAUGGCCUGACUGAGCUGGAUGUGGGCAUCCUGAAGUAUGUCAGCGACCAUGAAGGCUUCUCAGGAAUCUUGAAGGAAAGAUAUUCUGAUUUUGUGGUGCACGAAAUCAACAAACAAGGCAAGAUAGUGCAUUUAGAUGACCUCACUAUCCCAGCAGAGCCUGCAGAGGAAGUCACAGAGGCUCCACAGCUGCCAGAGGAAUCCGAUGUGCUGACCGAAGAGCAGAAAAAACAGCUUGGGGAGCUGCAGCUCUUCAAGAAUAAAGAGGACAACGUCUCUAUCGAGGUGAUGGACGACACAAAAGAGAAGAGGACGCUGGUCCACAAAGCCAUCAAGACCCAGUUUCCUGGUCUGGAGACGAAGACAGAAGAGAAGGAAGGACGCAAGUUCAUUGUGGCCUACCACGCCGCUGGGAAGAAAGCUCUGGCAGCUCCAAGGAAACACUUCUGGCCCAAAAACCGUGGCAGUUUCUGCCACUUUGUCCUUUACAAGGAGAACAAGGACACCAUGGAUGCUAUCAACGUGCUUUCAAAGUUCCUAAGGCUUAGACCCAACAUGUUUUCGUACAUGGGAACCAAGGACAAGAGAGCCAUCACUGUGCAGGAGAUCGCAGUGCUGAAGAUCACAGCAGAGAGGUUGGCUCACCUCAACAAGUGCCUCAUGAACCUCAAGCUGGGAAACUUCUGUUACAAAAACCACCCUCUGAAGCUGGGGGAGCUGCAGGGAAACCACUUCACGGUGGUCAUCAGGAACAUCUCAGGGACAGAUGAGCAGGUCCAUCAGGCCUUGACAUCCCUUAAGCAGACCGGCUUCAUCAACUACUACGGCAUGCAGCGCUUCGGCACCACCGCUGUGCCUACACAACAAGUCGGCAGGGCCAUCUUGAAAAACGACUGGAACGAGGUGGUGGAUUUAAUUCUGAAGCCUCGUCCCGGAGCUGAGAAAGAAUUCCUGGUCCGUUGCAGAGAGGAGUGGGCAAAGACUCAGGACCCGGAGGCAUCCCUGAAAAAGCUGCCCAACAAGCGCUGUGUGGAGGGGCAGCUGCUGCGAGGCCUGUCUAUGUACGGCAAGAAGAACAUCGUCACUGCUUUUGGACUGAUCCCUCGUAACAACCGCCUGAUGUACAUCCACAGCUACCAGAGCGUCGUGUGGAACACCAUGGUGAGCCGCAGGAUCGAAGCCUUCGGCCUGAAGGCGGUGGAGGGCGACCUGGUGCUCAGAGGAACCACCGCACACCUGCUGUCUGCAGAGGAGGCCGAGACUUGCCCCAUCCAUGACGUCGUGAUGCCACUCCCUGGGUAUGAUGUCAUCUACCCCUCCCAUCAUGUGGGUAAAGGCUACAGAGAGCUGCUGUCUGCAGACGGGCUGGACAUCGACAACAUGAGGCACAAAGUGAAGGACUACUCUCUGGCUGGAGCUUACAGACGCAUCAUCAUCAGACCCAGCGACGUCAGCUGGGAGGUGAUUCAGUACGAUGACCCCAGGAUCUCUCUGGUGCAUAGUGAUUUUGAGAAACUGGAGAACAAACCGGCUCCUGUAUUCAACAAAGAGGGGAAGUAUCGGGCUCUGCGGAUGGAGUUCUCCCUGCCUCCGUCAACCUACGCUACCAUGGCGAUCAGAGAAGUCCUCAAGUUGGACACGAGCAUCAAGAAACAGACGCAGCUCAACACCACCUGGUUCAACUGAGAGCAGGGACACAUUCUGGUAUAAACUGGACUGUCACUGCAGGCUGCAAAGCACCUGUGGCUACCUACUGUUAGUGUUUUUAAGUGUAUUACGUGUGUGUGUGCGUGUGUGUGUGAAUGAGAGCGAUUGGGUUCUGCGUGAACCCAAAGGUAAUUUCUUUGAAGUACAAAGAGCAACGAUUAUUACUAUUAAAUCUUUUUUUUUUUACUUUUUACUCGCUCUAAAGUGUGUCUGUGCUGCAAUGAUUCAGCAUAUUUUGACAAUGAUUUAAGUAAACCUUGUUCUUUCAGGGUGUCAAACACAUGUAACCCCUGCUUCACAGGGUGUCGUCAUGCCCUCUUUGUACAGAAAUGAGUUUUUGUUUUUGUUUUUUAAACUCGCUGAAUGUGUGUGAACGGAGAAAAACUCUGAAAAGAGAAAUUAAAAAUGUUGA